AUGGCGUCGGAGUUUGAUGCUCCUCCGUCUCCAUCAUCAACUUCGUCGCUUUCGACAUUAAAUCGGUCGUCGUCCUCACCGGCUCUGAUGGACUCGACAAAUGCUCUGAUGGACUUGAGCAAUGGAUCCCAAGUCGUCGUCAACAACUCUCUGUCUGUGCCCUUGACUUUAUCGUCUCUGGUCCAAGACUGUGACACUGCUUCUCUGUUGAUGAAACCAGCUAGCUCCAUAGUUCCAGAACCCUCGGCUACUUCGGAAAUCAACGUCACACUUGCCUCAGCUACUCAAGACGGUAGUACUAGCCUUAAUUCUCCCCAGUCAGCGCAGUUGCAGAACCAGGAAACUAAAACUUCUGAUAUCAACAAUUCGCAAACACUGCCAUCUGAAAAUGCUCCUUGCGAAAGAGCUUUUGUCCCUACUUUGGGAGCUUGGGCAAAGCCUCUCCUCUUUAAACCUCUUGCCACUCCUCCCGAACCAAGUACUCCAUUAGAUUAUGACCCAGUGAUAGUCGGGAAUCAGUUAGCUGCUCUCUGGCCGUCCUUAACCGAUGAGAUCUUGAACAAGAAGCCAAAGAGCAAACAUCAAACUCGUACUUUACAGCCUCCCGUUGAGAAGCUUCCACUUCCUGAGCUAAAAGCUGAUGGUAGUCUUCGAUUUCCGUGGGCUGCAAGAUUGAGCCCUCAAUCACGAAAUCUAUACCGGGCAGCUUAUCCGACUUAUAGACUUGACGGUACCCCAGAGAUUUCUAUUCCUUCUAAAGUGCUAAAGCUUGGUCCCGAAAAUAAAGAAGAGUAUAUCAUAGGAAAAUUCCACAGGUGUUCUCUGCCCCCAGGUGGUCUGGUUCAUGCAGUGGCUAAUAGAAUUUGGGGAAGAAGCUGUAAGAUUAGUUGCAAGAAGAUUGGUGAGUCAUCCUUCAUGUUUCAUAUCCCACACGAACCUAUUCGUCAUUGGACUCCAGAAGGCUCUUUCAAAAUCUCUGAAAUAUCUACGUUACCGGUAUGUGCCAAUCUGAAGAAUAUUCCUGAUUGUUGCUACUCUAGACUAGGGAUAAGUCACAUUGCUUCAGGACUUGGAGAGCCUAUUCUUACUCAUAAACCUCGACUUGAUCCUACCAGUAUGGGUGAAGCAAAUGUCUUGGUUGAAAUGGAGCUUGAUAGAGAUUUUCCAAAGCUUAUUGCACUUGAUGAUAAACAAGGUAGCAUAUUUCUGGUUGAUGUUGAAUACAUAUGGAUUCCAUCCAUGUGUGAGAGGUGUGGUAAGCUUGGCCACAAAGAGAAGAGGUGCCCCUUACCUUAUAAGCCGGCUAAAAAUCCAAUCUUGCAGCCACAUACAACAAUUGUUAGUAGUGAAGUCCCUGUUGUGGAUAUUGACCGUAUUCUACAACAAAAGGAUCCUUUAAUCCCCUUUCCACCAUCUUUUGUGUUCCAAAGUACAAAUGCCUUAGAAGGUCCAAGUGCAAAUGACCCCAUUCCUGUUAUGCAAUCUAAAACGGAGGCUGCUCAUGCUCAUGACGUUCCUUAUGGUCCUUCACAUACUUCAGAGGUAUGCUUAGGAAACCCAAUAAUUAUAACUUCAUCCUCUUCUUCUCAGUCACUACAUGAGAAGCCCGUUGAUCCGCAUAACUCAGUUACCACUUUCACCACAUUAAUAGAUUCAAAAUCUAUUCCCAUUGAUACACCGAUUAUGGAGUCUACUCCAUCCAACAUUAUCAACAAUGAGGUCUUAGAAUCUAUCGUUGUUGAUCCUGUGACCACGACACCUAACCAUCGUGCAUUUGAGAGUCCUUCUCGUUUUACAGUGCUAGGUGAUGGGGAUGAAGUUGAGAUUGAGCCUCCAAGCUCGCUUAGCUUGACAAGAGGUGGGAGAGAAUCAAAAUCUCCUAUCAAGUACCAGAACAUGGAAUGGCAGACAGUACUAGGGAGAGGAAAACGUGGCCGUCGUGGCCGUGGCUCUUAUCAUUAG